UCCAGCAGAAAGAAUGAGUUAAGACUGCUCUUCAAUACUGAAAAAAAUACAUGAAAAAAGCAGCUGGGCUUCGCAACUACAGAUAUUGUACAAAAUGUGAAGAUCAGACUUUUCUUUCCAAACCCAGUUAUUUUAUACAAAAACAGAAUAAAAUUUCACCAGUCCCAGGAAAUAUUUUAGAGAUCCUUCCCUACUCCAAGCUAUUACCACAGGUUGCCUCAAGGCAUUUCUUUCCUCUUGACUACAGCCUGCAACUCUCUUCAGGCAUGCAGAAACUGAAUUGCUGCAAAACUGCAUUACCCUGUCAUGGGUUUGAAAUUUUUGGGAAAAUUGUGAUAGCUUUACAGGGGCUGUGUCGCUUAAAUUAUUUAAACUCUAAAAUAUCUUUUUUUUUUUUAAACAAUACACAGAAAUCCAAUUACUCACAAAACUGUAACAACCACUAUAAAAACGUCAGCAUUUACCAACAAUAAGCAUACAUAUACAUAGCCCAUUUACAGAUAGGGAAAUUCUGUGUGUUACAGCACAGACUACUGGACUGCUAAAGUUUUUUUUUUAAUUAGUUCAGUAUGUUCAGGGAGUUCUCUAAAACACACAUACUCUAUAAUAGGACAGCCAACAUAUAUGAGUAAGGGUGGAUUAAAAUUAAUUGCCUGACAUAUGAACCAAACUAACUGAACAGUGACGUGAGUCCUUCAGUGCUCCACUGAGCUGCAAUGAACUACGCUCCUGCCAAAAUCCCUAAAAUGCUGACUUAACUUUGAAUAUGCAACCAUGAAUCGUGACUCUCUUGACCCUUCCCCAACAUAUUUUUCCAUCAUUUCUUUUCCUACCCAUUUGUAUCCCUAGUAGAAAGCAUAAAUUGUAUUAGCAUAGAGAAGCUCACAAAAACAACCCCAAACCACAAAAAAAAAACCCAACUCCACAGGCUGCUUUGAGUACAGCUGAAUUUUCUCUCUGUAUCUCUGGGCUUAUUGAUCAGAGGCUUGAACUUUUCACCCCUUCAGUAAAACAGGCUUUCUGAUCAUCGCAGUGUGAUGCUUGUCUGCGCACAGAGGCUUCUGCUUGCGGGUAUGAUAAUAACUGACAUUAAUCACAAAGUGCUUUUCCUAUUAAUGUUUGCAUGCUUUAAAUUAGAAGGCUACUGUGAUUACACAGCCUUUUUUUGAUUCAUAAUAAUCCAAUUAAUUCAAUUUAUACAGGAAACGUAAGCACAGAAUUCAGCCCUCCUCCACAAAGGUUAAUGUGCCAGUGACCUCAUGAUGUGUAGCUUCAUCUCAGUCUCAUGCACUGGAGGAUACAAGCCACCGAGUUCAGAGCAGCAGUGCCUUGAUGUCACUUCAGUAAACAAGCACUCGGAAAGCCUGUGCCCUGAAACAAGUGGGUCAGAAUCUGCCUAACAGGAGAGAAGCACUGAACUAAUAACUCCUCGGUAGCAUCCCUCUUUCCAUUGGGCAAGCACAGUUCUGUAACACAGGCCUUGCAAGAACCAGCCUUUUCACACUGCUAGCUAUUUAUAGCUAUUAAGUCAGCAACAUCAGGCAGACCCAAACAUAGGCAGAGCACCAGAAAAGUGCAGUCUGUGCUAGAAGCAGAGCCUGGGCGUAUUGACUGCUGAAGCUGGAGCCGUAAAAUAAUUCACCAAAGUGGAAACACGGAUCUAGAAAACCUACGUGCUACCUAUUUACCUCAGCCAAACAGACAAUUACUGACCAGGUAGUGAACAAAAGCGCUUGAGUUAUGAUAUCAAACCACCAAGCUAUGUAGCCGGUGAACAAGUGAAAUCAUAGGAAUUUGAUGGUCGAUUAUUAGAGUUGAUUAUUUAAAAGCACUGCAGCUGUUGAACAAAUGACCUUACUCUUCUAUACUAAACAAAUUUCCUCUACUAAUCUAUACUGAACAAACUUUUUCUCUUGGCAUCCAACCACCUAAGGGACACAAAUAACCAAACUCAUGUACCCCUAAGCGUUAAUAUCGAAUGUCACAUGUAGAAAAAGCAGGUCAAGAUCUCCCUAGGGCAAGCUUGAGAUCUCUGGAACGACUAUUGUCAAACUGGAAUCAAAACUGAGCAUCAAGUUUGCCAGCUUGAUGGAUGUCUGGUGAACAGACUGAGUGGUGGUUUAAGUAAGGUUACAUACAGCCUUGUACAGCGUACAGAAAAAGCAAGUACCAAGAAAGUUGUGUGGUAGCAUUUAAAAAUAAAUCAGGAGCCAUGAAGCUAGUGGACUGAGAAGAUAAAUACUUCAGGAAGGCAGAAAGAGGACAUUUCCGUAUAUGCUUUCUAUAAAAUAUACAAUGUACAAAAUGAGCAGUGAGGACACAUCAGAAGCAGGGCCCAAUCCCAGAGCCCUUGCGCACCAUGCUUGCUGAUUAGUCCUGUUUGGAGUGACAGUGGACACGCGAUCUUCUUCCUGAUCUUUUAAAACUGCAGCUAUUACUACAAACAUGCUCAGAGAUGUAAUGGACGACAGCCUUUCAGCAGCAAUUCAGUGUCUCAGUAUAUCUCUCCGGGGUCCCGAUGAAACUGGACUGUAUUUCGGUAGUGGCCUGUUGCACAGUCAUGGCAUUUACAUGUUUCUCAGUUUCCGUGGGGUAGAAGGAAGCUGGUUGCUCGAUGCCUUGAAGGCUGCUCAGUGCCAUCAGCCACUCGAGGACACGCUUUCACCUGUCCGUUUUGUCCCUCCCAAGUGUCCAUGUCUCCUAAAACCAUCCCCUAGCAGGAAACAUGCCCUGGGGGGGGCAACGACACUCCCCCUCAACCCCUGCGGGGCCCGGCUCCCGCUCGCAGAGGGACUCCUGAAGCACGCACAUGCGGUAACUGCCUCCAACUGCAGCUCCUGCACCACAAAACCCGUGUGGGUUUUUCUGCCCGACUCCCGCUGGGCUUUUUCUGAACAUGAGAGGACCAAAUGCACCGAGAUGCCACACGGACCGGGCGGGGAGGGAAUGGGCGAGGCCUGUCAUGGCUGCCGCCCCCUCGCCAGGGCCGCGCACGCGCACACCUCCACUCCCUCCGCGCUCCGCGGAAGUGACCUCAUCGCGCAGCUCCAUCCGCGCCCCUCUCUCUGGUCGCUCCCCACCGCUCUGGGCGGCGUGGUUGGGGGCGCUGUCUCCCCGGUGGCGGCGGCGGCGGAGGGGGAUGUCGAUGCCGGUGCCGCCGCUGCGGCGGCUCCACCAGGCCCCGCGGCACCUGCUGGUCUGCGAGAAGGGCCACACGCGGCACCCGCGCUCGCGGCACGCCGCGCACGUGCGGGACCACGCCUACAACUGCCGCUGCUGAAAAGUAGCAUUGCGGAUGUUGGAGAGUACUACCUGGUGAGGAAUUUAUCGGUUCAUGAGUUGGUCGCUCACGAAUUCAUCGAUGCUUUUGUGAAGAAAGGUUCAUGCUACGCGCUUACCUAUAACACAAAAAUUGAUCAAGAUAAUACUGCAGCUCUGCUACCAAAUGGAAAACUAAUUCUAUCAGUGGAUAAGGAUACCUAUGAGGAACUUGGACUGCAAGGUCGCCCUUCUCAGUAUUCUGGCAAAAAAGUAAUGAGAUAUAUUAUAACUAUUGACUUGACUGAUCCCGGCUUUCACCCUGAUAGCAAGAAACAUAACAGAGUGCUUUGGGCCUUGAAAGAAAAGAAACCUUUAGAAUUUGACUUCCUAUUGGCUUGGUAUAAUACAGGUGCAGAGGGAUCAACGUUGAUGUCAUACUUUUCAAAGAACCAAAUACAGGCUCUGAAGCCAAAAAUAACAUUCAGCACAUUAAGGGACUUGCAGUGUCCAGUGUUAGAAAGUAAUGAACUCCAAGGGAAGCCAGACGAGUCCUGCAGUACGGAGGAACUGUUUGAGUGGCUAGGUGCUGUCUGGAAUCAAGUUAGCUUAGACAACAAAUCAUCUAGCUUUUUAUCAACGUAUUGCUGUCCUCAGCCCAACACAGUGGUGGAAAAAGCUUUUUUGUGCACAAUCACAGGCUUUAUAAUUCCUGAGAAGAUAAUUCAUUUAUUGGAGCAGCUAUGUUGCUAUUUUGGUGAACCAAAACUGGCAUAUUGGCUGACCUUAACUGUGCAUGGCUUUGCAGACAGCCCUGUUUCUUGGAGAGAAAGUGAACAUGGUUUCCACAAGGGAGGAGAGAACUUGUACAACUUUGUAAUUUUUAGAAAUCUGGACUACUGGCUUCAGAUGGCUGUAGGAACUAAUGACGAUUGUCCUCCAUAAAGCUAUAUCUACAGAAGAAGUUUUCUAAUAAUCCCGUGUUACUGUAUAGAAAUGUAAUGAGAUAAUUUUUAUAAAAGUAUAGGUAACAAGUACUAAGAGGCUGUAUAUUUUUUUUCCAUUAUUUAUAGCCGUUAAAGGAUGACCUACAAUGGAAGGAAUGGAUUUUUGUUUCUUCACUGUCAUACAGUGCGUUCUGAAAGACUUCACAAUUCUAACUUUAAGAAAAAUAUAUGUUUUUGAGAGUUUAAGUUCUCAGGAACUGACUGUAGGUGGUUUCCUUUUAUCCAGGAGUAAUUUUGGAAUUUGAAAGUUAGCUUUACAGGUUGCUAGCUAAAAUAUUUGGGGGAAAAGCUCAUUUUGGGCUUCAGCAUUUUCUUUCUUUACAUUAAAGAUCUGUAGAACCUUCAAAUUCAUGUUUAGACAUUUCAGCCUACGUGGUGGCAAAUAAAAAAAAAAGUGUUCUCCAUAAUUUGGUAGGGGGAGGAGAAAAAAGGUGAAGAGAAAGGAGGUACGUGACAAUGGGAGGAGCACCCAUUGAACAUGGAAAAAGUAAAGGCUUACUGAACUGCUUUUGUGAUUUUGCGGAUCUCGGUUGUCAGAAGUCGAUUUUUCAACAGCGAUGCAAAAGGCUGCUGUUUGCUUUCUUAAUUGACAUCCACACGCUCACCCCACCACCAAAUAUCUACUUUUAAAAGUUGCUUGUGGUUCUUGCUUACAGGACAACUCGUGGAGCUAAGAUUUCGCUGUCAUGUUAUCGCGGACACAUUUCUGUGAAGAACUCUAUGGAUAUACCCUCAAACAAUGCAGUUGAAGUGAGACGGGCUUUGUUAAGAAUGAGCCGUAAUGCUGAGAGCACAGGCAGCUAUAAAGAAUCCAGGUUAAUUCCUGUUGUAAUCCAUGAAAGGUUGGAUGGUGUUUUUGGGGGGAGCAGGGAUGGACGUUAUUUGGGUUUUGUUUUAUGGAGUGGGUAUGUAUCAUUAAAGUACCAGUGCAGUGCUAGCUAACCUGGAAGUUGUUCACUUGGUGGAGCAAGAGUGUGGUAGUGGAAGUUAGGGCAUAGCUGUAGUGGAAACAUCAUUAUCUCCUAUCAGGGUGAGUGGCACAGAAAAGCAGAAAGCCCAUGGGAAGUAGUUGAGCUUUCUUUUUUUUAUCUGUCUACUGGCUCUCUUCAGUGAGGAGAAUCAUCCUGGAUGAUUUAGUUGGAUGGUAUUUGUUUGUCAUACCCCUCCACUAAACAUAACCCCUUUUGCUGAAGUUUUGUUACGCAUUUCAUGAACAUGACUCUGACAAAUCCAGGAACAGUUUUCUAAAUCAUAACAUUGUUUUUCAAAAGUAUCCUGCCAUGAGAUGUUUCUAGUAGGUUACCAGGAGCAGAAGUGCCACCUUGUUUCAUCUACAGGCAUGGACUGGCAUGAUCACAAACGAAUGGACAAGAGUCUGGGAGAGUUCUUGGCUUGACACUUGACUAGUAAAUAUUUAACCAGGCCGGCUCAAACAUUGUGUUUCAUUACUACGCAUCAGUGCAAAUGGCUUCAGCUGGUGGCUAAAGUCUGCUUGUGAAAGUGUCUGUUGAGGGAUUAUGCAGUGUCAACUUUCACAAAAGAGACUAGUAACCAGAAGAGUCUUCCUUUUUUCCCUUGAUCAGAACGUCUCUUAAAAGCUUGGGCUUUUCCUGGAAGUUACACCUGCAGCAAAAGUUCUAAUACAAAGUUAAAAAUCUUAAAUCUUUAUGAAAAGUUAAUGAAGUUUAUAGCUACUUCAGCAAAUGUGCUCAUCUUUCUGUCAUGUUCUAGUAAAACUAACCCCCUCAAUGUGUAUACACGCACACAAACAAGUGUAACAUAUACUGCUUGGAAAAAAAACAACUGGCAUCUAGAAGUAAGAAUCUUGUAUUGGUGAGUUUGUUUCCCUUAUUAACUGAGAGAAAGGAAUGAAGUCUUAUGCAUAUGCUUCAUACUACUCCCAGCAGGAGUGCAGCAGCUGUUGGCCUUGGCUCUGAAAUGUCAGCAGUAGGACCAGGUGAAGUGAUUUUUUUCUAAUUGGCACCUGGCUGCAGACCACCUUGGGAUCAUUGAUGAUGUAGCUGCUGAAGUGCUGGUGGGUACACAGCGAUAGCCUCACUGAGACAGUUCUGGAAAGCGGGCCAAGAAGCAGGCUUUUCAGCUCUAUCAGUUCUACUCGGCAUGUGAGUAUUAAGGUUAAUCUUAUGGAUUAGGGAAAUCGCAUCACAUUGAUCAACAGUUCCCUUUUCCUCCUAUCUACAUAGGCAAGGGACUGUAAAUAUUUCUCAAAGCUCAGUGUUACAGGCAGAGUUAUUUGGCUAUGCUGCUUCUUACAAUCCCUAGUUGUCUUCUAGCAGUUGUUUAAAAUGGCUUUUCCAACUAAGGAAGGGAUUAAAGUCCUGUGUGGUUCUUGCAGUUUACUUAUUUGAGAUGCUGAGUUGGUUUCUGGCUUUUCUGUUUUGUUUAAACCUGUACAAAGUAUCAUUGAAAAUCUUGUGCUGGUAAUAGUUGCUGCAGUUGGUCUGCUCUUCAGCUCUGGGAGGUGAUACUGCAUUAAUCGAAUCCAUGCUUUCCUAGCAAGGUCCUGAGGUGUGCCUCAGGUGUGCCUGCUUCUUAGGAGGCUGGCUUUCCUGUGCUUGCUGGGCUUUGUAGUUGCACAGAAGAGAAAUGGGGGUGGACUUGACUUCUUUCUUACCACCUGCAAACAACUGAGGGAAGAUUUUCCUGGGAUGAGGGACAACAGUCUGUUCCCUACAGUCUGUAAGGACAGGCAGAAUACUCUUGUCUCCCCAGGAGACUCCCAAGCAUGGGGUAGACUUGCUGAGAAAAGGAACACGAGGGCAUUGCUUGCAUGCUUGGGGAACAGGUUAGGAAGGAAGAGCUGGGACUGAGCCAGGUGGGCAGUAAUUAAAGGAAGAGUUGGGCAGGGCACAUGAGGCAGAGAGAAAAAAAUUUUGCAUGAGAAUGUAAGAUGGCUGCUGGUGGUGUUCUUGCCCUUUGUGCCUGCCUGGGAGGACAGAAAAAUGCAAAAGGUUUUGCAAAAGUAAUGGGGAGCAGCUGUGCACCAGCUGCUUCUGAGAUCAAAGGGCUGAGUGCUUACUAAGAAGUUUUGCCUGUGGGGAGUGUUUUAUCUACCAUGGGGAAGGAGAGCCAAAUAUCUGAAUGCAGAGACAACCUAGGGCAAGCUGGUUGCAUGAGGAGUAGAGGGGGUUUUUUGUCCUGGUAUGCGGAUAGACAUAACACUGCUUGAAAGCUAGGGAACUGCUCUGCUUUAACCUCAGCAUUCUACUGAGCUGUGCAUUCCUGCCUCUCAGCUGGUGAAAGGAAAGGGAAUUUUAUUGAGAGGUUACUGGGGGGAGGGGUAGCAGAACCAGCUGGGAAUGGGCUGCAAAGAUCAUGUGCUUUUCCAGCCACAUGUUCCAGUAAGUGGUUAUGUGUGUUCAGAAAUUGGUGGGUGCGUAACAAAUAGAGAAAAAAACGUUCCUAUUAACAAAGGGGAAAAAAAGCUGAGGCAGUUGGAUAGUGUAUGUUAUGCAAAAUCACUCUAAAUAGAACAUAUUUGCCUUUUUGUUUUGCAAAUGUUGACUGGGUCAGGAACCUGUCUGGAGAAAUAAAGGUCUGUGUCCCUUAAUGGCAAGAAUGGGAGCCUGAUGGCGGUGGUAGUAUUUUGUGUCUACUAGUGUCUAUUAGCAUGGGGGACUCUGAGAAAGUUAGAUAAGGGUGAGAAAAAGAACUUUCACUAUCAGAAUAGAUUCUAGAGGUGCUGUGGUUGCAGAGGGAAAGCAUCAAGGUUUGGCACAGCUUAGAUGUGGGGAAUGCAGGAGAGAGAAGAAUGAGUGCUAACCUAAGGCUGCUUGGAAGGGAGGUGACGGGGUUUAAUGGAAGGAGAAGCGUAAGCUUUGUUUUGGCUGCAUCAUGCUGUCAUUUAGUGGUGAAUAUCCAUUUUGGAGAGGCUAGCCAAGAUGUAGAGUUGGAUGUCCAGAAAUCAGCCAACAAGAAAACAGGUUCAUACAUCAUCAGCCUGGGGACUGCAUAGCAAUCGUGGGAGUGAGGGAGAUUGCUCAAAGAUGCGCUAUGUUUUUGUUGGAAAUAAUUUGUGUGCUUUUAUUAUUUCUUCCCACAGGCUGCCUUUUUUUGCUUUAUCUGUAAGGUUUCUGAGAGCGUUACAGAAACACCAAAGACUUAAAACUGUCCUGAGAUAGGUUAGAUGAUGUUGAUAUUGCUGUUAAUUGCAAUCAGCAGUUGGGCUGCUCACCCAAUGCUGCAGAGCCAGUGUGGAGUUUUGCACAUGUAGAGAGUGCCUCUGCUACAACUACUGCAAAAAUAAGUAGGUAAGGCAGAUAAAAGGUAACAAGGAAAAUAAGAGUGGAGAGGGGUAUUUCUUUCCCCCCUCUCAUGGGAGGUGCAUAGCAAAUCCGUGUCUGAUCUGGGAUUAGAAUGAAGGC